AUGUUUCGUGUACAGCAGAACGCUUUCGACGAUGCCGUCGCUAAGGCGACGGACGAGAACCUGACCUCCGAAAACUGGGAAUACAUUCUGGAUGUUUGUGAUAAGGUUUCUGCGGAAGAGUCGGGUGCCAAAGAGGCGGUCGCUGCCAUGAUUAAGAGGUUGGCUCACCGCAACGCCAAUGUGCAGCUCUAUACACUCGAGGUUCGCGACUUGCCCUCCCUCGGCAACUCGUUGGCGCAGAACUGUGGUCCCAAGAUUCACCGCGAGUUGGCAUCGAGAAGUUUCACCGAUGCACUUCUGCGUCUGGCAAACGAUCGCAACACGCAUCAACAAGUCAAGUCGAAGAUCUUGGAGCGAAUGCAGGAAUGGACGGAAAUGUUUGCAUCGAAUCCCGAUUUUGGUAUUAUGGAGGCGGCUUAUAUGACGCUGAAGACACAAAAUCCGAAUCUCCAACCGCCAUCCAAGCCGGGCAAGAGUGCUAUCACAGAAGUUGAUCGUCAGAAAGAGGAGGAGGAAUUGCAGAUGGCUCUGGCGCUCUCGGUCAAGGACAAAACUCCCGCGGGCCCCGCAGGCCCUGCACCUCAGGCUGGGUCUUCUUCAGCGGCCGCCGCAUCAUCUUCGGCCAUACCAGCAGCUGCCACAACCGCAGCUGCAGCGAAUCAAGCACAGCCCGCCGUGUCUCAACCCGUUCCCUCGGGCACUUCGGCGGCCACUGUGUCGCGCGUGAGAGCCUUGUUCGACUUCCAGCCUUCUGAACCUGGCGAGCUCCAAUUCCGGAGAGGUGACAUUAUUGCUGUAUUGGAAUCCGUUUACAAAGACUGGUGGAAGGGCUCCUUGAGAGGCCAGACGGGCAUUUUCCCGCUCAACUAUGUGGAGAAACUUCCUGACCCAACUGUGGAGGAACUGCAGCGGGAGGCGCAGAUGGAAGGAGAUGUGUUCGGUCAAAUCAAGAACGUCGAAAAGCUACUGACGCUGCUGAGCACCCGGAGCUCGGAUCUUAAUGUCCAAGAGAAUGAGGAAAUCACCGCCCUUUACCACUCUACACUUUCGAUUCGACCAAAACUUAUUGAGUUGAUUGGGAAGUACUCACAGAAGAAAGAUGAGUUUACCCAGCUCAACGAGAAGUUCAUCAAAGCCCGCCGUGAUUACGAGUCGCUCUUGGAAGCCUCGAUGGCUCAUCCAGCACAGCCCCAGUAUGGAAUACCUGGCCAGCCGCAGUACGGGUAUCCUGGUGCUGCACCUGUUGGAUAUCCUUCGGGUCCCUCCCCAGAUCAGCGAUAUUUCAGACCGCAGCCGCACGAGUCACAAAAUGCGCAGGCGAAUGCAUCAGCGUAUUACGGCGCAGAGCAGACGAUGCCAUACCGCCCGGCCUCUCACUCCCCAGAUCCUCGCAACCAGGUGCCUCCUGGUGGCCCACCUGUACAGCAGCAGCCGCAGCAGCCACCUCCCUCUGACUCUUAUCCGCCCAUACACCAUCGUCCGCAGUCUACAUAUGAACAUCCUCAAGAACUCGGGACAUCCGUCUAUGAUUCACCUAUCGAACAUGCUGGCCACGGUCAACGUCUUCCCUACCAGCCGGGUGCUCAAGUGCCCCCUCCUGCAGCUCAUCAGCAGUUCCAGCAGCAACAGCAGCAGCAACAACAGGAGUACUCUCCUUCAGUUUAUUCUACCGACGAUACGGCCAAUGUCCCGUCUGCGCCGGUGGCUCCUCAGCAAACUCCGCACCAUUUCGCCCAACACCAAGCCCCCUACCCCGACUCGCCUGCCAUCCACCAAAACCCCCCGUCGCACCAGCCGCCCCCGAUUCCUGGCUCCGGGGCGCAGCCUGGGCAGUAUACCGCCUUCAGCCCGCCAGCUGCACCACCCUCUGGAGAAUAUCAAGCAUACCAGCCCCCACAAAGCGGUGCACCUGCCUCGAACCCUGCUUCAUUUUAUAGGUGA